GUACUUCUUGGAGUGUAGAGAUGUGAGUUUCGUUUCGAAAUUCGAAGGGGCGAAAUUAUAAAAAUUAUCAAUUUUCGUAGUUUAACAAAUGUUUUCAUCAAUUGGGUGGUUAAUCUUUAUCGACAAAAUAAAAAAUUCGUCAAUUUCAUUUAGAACUAUGCCAGCCAUGCUGGUAUUUUUAGCAGCUAUCUUUCUCACUCUCGUCGUACCGCCUGUGGUCAUACCUAUUCUGACAUUUUUUCUAAUAAUUAGAAAAGUGGUAGAGUUUGGAGCAAGAAUAUUCAAAAAGAGUGAAUUUCUGGAAAUUGUGGACCCCUUCAGCGCUAUGUUUGCCACGAGGCCAGUAUAUUCUCGGAAAUCAUUUACCACGGUCAACAUACUUGAAAUUGAUCGGCCUACCAUUCCCUUGCACAAACUGAUUGCUGAUUUUGAGGAAAAAGUAUUACACGCUGUGCAAGAUGCCUCUGCGUCACGAGUACUUUAUCCUGAGCUAAAAUGCAAAUUGGUGAAAUGGUGGGGCUACUAUUUUUGGGAGACCUGUGAAACAUUUAAUUUAGCAAGUCAGAUUAAAUACUUGGAAGAUCAAGAUUUUCCCAAGGUGAACUUGGCCAACACGGAAAAUUGGAACAAAUUAGUGAACUACGUUUCCACGGAAAGAUUGUGGCAGGAGGGCGACCCAGUUUGGGAGAUGCUUGUCAUGGAAAAAGUUACCACGGAGCGUGGCGUCGACAAGUCACUGAUAAUCUGGAGAUGUAGCCACGUCUUGUGUGAUGGGUGGUCAAUGCUAAAAAUGGCCGCAAGACUUUUCGACACUGCAGUCAUCCCGCCAGCGCAGCAAAUUCCUACACAACGGCCGUCAUAUUGGCCAGGAAUCAUUUCCCUAUGCACACUUCCUUACGAUUUCGUAAAGCAUCAGCUACAUGUGGAAUCCGUUCGAGCCUUAAUUCCACCACCGCGACAAACUGAUUCAACGAGUUGUAGUCAGCAGGAUGAAAUUUUCUCGAAAACUGUGCCCACGUUGGCAAUCGCAGAUUUGAAAAGGAUAAAGGAUACGUAUCAAGUUGAUUUUCUAUCUCUCCUCCUCGCAGGGGUGACAUCCGCCAUUAGGGAAGCUUAUCGAUCCAAUAGCGGCCACGUAACGGAUGCUCAGAUCAAGGUCGGAUUUGUACUGGCUGUGCCAAAUCACCCGGAAAAACUAUGCAACCACUUGUCGACUGGAACAAUUCUUCUCCCCAUUGGCGUGGAAAGCUCGGCAGAUAGAUUGCGAUUCAUAGGAGAUCGGAUCCGUGCCCUUCGUUCGACACGGCUACCUCAACUUCGAGUAUAUCUCUUGCGAGCAGUAGGUUCCCUUCCCAUCACAAUAUUGAACUUGGUCGGGAAGAACUCUAGGCCAAGGGCAUCCGUCGUCUUCAAUAAUGUGAUCGGGCCUCAAGAAAAGUUACAUCUGUACGGAAAUGACGUAACCGUUCCGUACGUGGGGGUCAAUAUGGCAGGAAACGUUAACACUGGAUUUGCACAUGAUGCAUGUUUCUUCACACACGGUGGGGCUGGAACCCUAAGAGUUAGCGGAUUUGGUGAUUAUUUCCACCGCCCUGACCAAGAUGCUGGUAAAUUUCUGGAUAGUUGCAACCACGAAUGGAACAAACUUUUCGACACAGUGGACAGGAAUGCGCUUUCUCCUUUAGUGCAAGAUUAAUUUUCCUGGGGAUAUACUUUUGUGAGGAACGGUGAAAAAUUAUAAUAUGUACAAUAUUCUGGUCAAUUAAUCUUAAGAUGAACUUGGGUCAUGCAUACUUGUUAGUAUUAUGUACUUAUGGAAUUCUAUUUUUUUCUGAAAAUCCCAGUAUUUUAUUAACAUUGAAA